CUUCACACAGGUUGAGUGUGUUCAAAAGAUAGUCUUAUUAGAUCAGACAUUGAACAACUGAAGAAAAUGUUACACAUGUUUGUUUUGUUCUCUUUGUGCUGGGGGAGUCUAAACAGUGUUUUUGUUGCUCUGACAGAUGAAAUACAGUCAGUGUCAGUGAUAGAGGGAAAUUCCGUCAUUUUACGCAUGGAUGUUACUGACAUACAAGACGACGACAAUAUACUGUGGAAAUUUGGAGCUGACCAUUCUCUCAUAGCUAAAGUCAACAGAGAUAGGCAAAUCUUCUCCAUUUAUGAUAGACCUUAUGGACUAUUUAGAGACAGACUGAAGCUGGAAAAACAUACUGGAUCUCUGAUCAUCACAGACAUCAAAACUCAACAUGCUGGACAUUAUCAACUCGAGGUAAUCGGUGCAAAAUGGUCAUCAAAAACAUUCAAUGUUUUUGUCUAUGGUCAUCUGCCCACUCCUAACAUUACCAGAAAUUCUUCACAAAAUCUUUCUUCAUCAUUUUGUUCAUUGGUGUGUUCAGUGUUGAAUGUGAGUGAUGUGACUCUCUCCUGGUACAAAGGAAACAGUUUAUUGUCCAGCAUCAGUGUGUCUGAUCUCAGCAUCAGUCUCUCUCUACCUCUGGAGGUGGAAUAUCAGGAUAAAAACACCUACAGCUGUGUGAUCAACAAUCCCAUCAGCAACCAGACCACACAUCUGGACAUCAGUAAACUCUGCCACACAGUCUCAGUUUCUCUGAUAGUGCUGUUUUCUGCUGCUGGAUCUCUGUUGAUUGUAGCUGCAGUUGUGAUGUGCUGCUUCUGCAGAAAAUUUAGAAAAACUGUUACUCUAGUACCCCUGGAAGAAGACAGAACUGAUUCAUCAAAAUCUCAAAAAACGAAAUCAAAGGCAGAUGCUGUGUAUCAAAAUGUCCCCAAAAAAUGAUGAUCAAAUUCUCAAAUGAUGAUCAAAUUCAUACAGGACAAUACCUCACUUUUGGGUUUUAUUCGCAUUUUAACCCUUUAACUGUCACUCCCAUUUUUGAACACAGACAUACAAAUAUACUAUCCAGAAUUUGUAUAAUUCAUGAAUGAAAACAUUUUGUAAUAUGAUUUUAAUGUACAUUUUCCGUGGUAAUGCAAUGUCUGAUUUUAAAAUGCCUUUCAAAGGAUGAAUUUUGAGAUUUUAAGUUUUUAACUGAUAUAUAAUUUCUUAUGAUUUCUAAAACGUGACAGGGAAAAAGGCAAUGAAGAUAGUCUUUUGUGACAAAGGUCUGAACUCAUGUUAUGAUGUAGAAUUUUUUUAAGUUGCACUCUUGACAUGUAUUAAUCUAUUACUUUUCCCACAUAAUUUGUAACACAAAAAUAUGGUAAAAUAUCUAUUCAGGAGUCUUAGACCUUUCCAACGAUGUACAGUUUGUAUUGAUUAGAUUAGGAUUUAUUUGUAAUAUGGUGAAUUGAACUUAAGCAUGAAGGAUCGGAUGAUCCUUAAAUGCAAACUGUGUGUGUUUUGCCUUGAGAGCAACCAUAUAUUUGUGUUAUGUUUUGCUUUCCUUUUAUAUAUUCUUCAUUUAUUCUUCAUUCAUUUAUUAAAUUAUAAUCAUUACUCAUUUAAUCACUUCAUUAUUCCAUUUAAUCAUAUAA